AUGGCCCUCGCUCCUCUCUCCACCGACUCCCACUUCCGCGACGCGUUCCGCGAGACCGACGACUUCUUCUCGCACUUCCUCGGAGGCACGCCCUUCGGAGGCGUCGGAGGCGCGCUUAUGAACCCUCGCGCGCCGCGCGGGGAUCUCAGCAGCGUCUUCGCGCCCACGCGCGAGGGGACGGCGAUCAACCGCUUCAUCCCCGUGGACGAGACCGACAACGCGUACCAGCUCAAGGCGGACGUCCCCGGGGUGAAGAAGGAAGAAAUCACCCUCGAGGUGGACGGCAACGUCAUCCGCAUCGGCACGAAGCGCGAGUCCAAGGAGAGCGAAGAAGAGGAGUCCCCCGACAAGCGGUGGCACCGGAGCGAACGCCGGGAGUAUUCCGAGUUCCAACAGCGCGCGCUUCGGAUGCCCGAGAACACGGACUUCAGCUCGCUUCAGGCGACGUACGAUAACGGGACGCUGUGCCUGGACGUGAAGAAGAAGCACGACUCGAAGGACCAGAAGAAGAAGAUCGCGAUCAAGUGA